AUGCCCAGGGAGACCCGCUCGCGGAGCCAGCCCAGAGAGGCGGGCACCCCGCCCCCUGAAACUGGGCGCCGGAGUCGCCGGGGCGCCAGAGGAGAAGCCCCUGGCCUCAGCCCAGCAUUUUUGUGGAUGUGGGGCCUGAAGCGGUGCUCCAGUUGGAAGAACUCCCUGCUUUCCCACCUGGAAUCACUGGAGCUGGGAUUUCUCAAGUUGAGGAGCCACAGCAGCGAGCAGGUGCGCGCAGAGCUGCCAGGCUGCCGCCUGCUCCGACCGCAGGCCAAGAGGGGGACCCAGGGCAGAGAGGCGGCUGCGGAGCUCGCGCGCUGCCUGCUGGACACCAUUGUGGCUCAUACAGCCUCGCCCCUGCUGUCCCUGGGCCCCCAGCUGAGCCUGCAGGAGGACAGCCCAGUGGUCAGUCUAACCGUGGACAACGUGCACCUGGAACAUGGCUUUGUACAAGUACAUGAGCACGACUGGCGGCCGUGCCACGUGCUGGAGAAGAUCGUGGAGCCCUAGGGCUGCUUUGGCCUCAUUGCCAAGGUCUUGUGGGCCUUUGCUACCAAGGACAGCGUAUUCAUGCAGAACUGUCGAAGUCUCAUGGCCCUGAGCAGCACCAUCAUUCCCAUGCCCCACUACGAGUUUCACAACAUCUGUGACACCAAGCUGGAGAGCAUCAACCAGAAGAUUGCCUGCUACCAGCAGUUUGCAGCCCAGCUGAAGAGCAGAGUCAGCCUGCCCUUCAACUUGGAGCCCCACACACUGUCUGGCCUGGACGUCUGCCCCACCAACUGCCACAUCAGCCUCAUAGAAGUGUCCCACCCCAAGGCCACUCCCUCAGUAGGCAGGUCCUUCAGCAUCUGCUUUGGCCUCAAGCCCUCCCUCAUUGACCUCGAUGCAAAGUACCUCUCUCCCUUUCUCAUGUCCUGUACCCAGCACUGUAUCACCACCAGGGCCAGCGGGUGGGGGGGGGUGCUGAGCUAGGAAGACUGGGGCCUGAGCUUCCUACUCAAGCAGGAGGACCAUGAGAUCCAGGACACCUACCUGCAGCUCUUUACCAAGCUGGACGUGGCCCUGAAGGAGAUGAAGCAAUACGUCACCCAAAUUAACAGGCCGCUGUCCACCAACACGGAGCCCACCUCAGGGGCAUCCUGCAACCCACCCUUGGCCGAGGAGUCCUCUUCCUCCCCGCUGGUCAGUGAAGAGAGUGGGAUGGACAGGACUGACCACAGGGACAUCAAAAAUGUGUGCUUCAAGGUGUCUGAGAAGGAUCAGGAGGACUUGGGCCACGACACCAUGAGCUACUGCGACUCCUACAGCAAGUGUAACAGCAACUGGGACUUGGUCCUGUCCUGUACCAGCAUGAGAAGCAACAGCUCUGACCUGGGCAGUGAUGAGAUGGGGUCUGGAGAUGAGCUGCCCUGUGACAUGCGAAUUCUGUCAGACAAGUAAGACAAGCUCCAAGGCUGCCUAGAGCAUCUCUUUAACCAGGUGGAUUCCAUCAAUGCCCUCCUCAAGGGGCUGGUCAUGAGCAGGGCUUUUGAAGAGACCAAGCAUUUCCCCAUGGACCACAACCUGCAAGAGUUCAAACAGAAAGAAGAGUGUACAAUCCGUGGCUGGAACUUGAUCCAGGUCAGCAUCCAGUAUUACCCCUGGAACCUCCCCAACUCCAUCAAGAUCAUGGUGGACAACAUUCAGAGAUAUGUGGAAGACAGGAAGAUCCAGCUGCUUCUGGCCUUGCUGAAGUGCACAGACACAGAGCUGCAGCUGUGCGGGGACAUCAUCUUCUGCCAGGUACUGUUGGCCACCAUGUGCACCUUCUCUGAGCAGCUGAUGGCUGCCCUCAGCUACCACUACAACAAUGGGGAGUAUGACGAGAGCAGCCGUGAUGCCAGCCGCAAGUGGCUGGAGCUGGUGGUGACCACGGGUGUCCUGCUGCACUGCCAGUCCCUGCUCUCACUGGCCAUGAAAGAAGAACGGAUCAUGCUGGAAGACAUCUGGGUGACCCUGUCAGAGCUGAACAAUGUCAUCUUUUCUUUUAAGCAGCUGGACAAGAACUAUGUUGCCAAUGCCAACGUCUCCUACCACAUCAAGGGCAGCUGGCAGGUCCUGAAGGUCCUCUUCUACCUCGACAGCUACCACUGCUCCAUGCUGCCUUUGCACCUGGAGGGUGGGGACUGCCUGAAGUUGCACACUGUGCUCUUCAUGAAAGCUCUGGAGAAUGUGGAGGGGCCACCUCCUUCAGGCAGCCAGGCCGUGGAAGAUUUGCAGCAGGAGAUCAAUGCUCAGUCCCUGCAAAAAGUCCAGCAGUAUUAUCGCAAACUCAGGGCGUUCUACCUGGAACGGUCCAACCUGCCCACAGAUGCCAGCACCACAGCAGUGAAGAUAGACCAGCUGAUCUGCCCCAUCAAUGCCCUGGAUGAACUCAGCCACCUCAUGAAGUCCCUAGUCCACCCCAAGCCCGGUGCCCACCUCAUCCUCUCCUCAGAGCUCUGCUACCACCUGGGGGCCUGCCAGAUCGCCAUGUGUGGCUCAUGUAUGCAGAGGAGCACCCUGAGCGUGUCCCUGGAGAAGGCAACCAUCCUGGCCCAGAGCCACGGGUUGCUGCCCAAGUGCAUCAUGCAGCCCACGGCCAUCAUGCACAAGCAGGGCCCUUGGGUGGAGAUCUAGGCCAAGAACCUGUGCCUCAAGGACCAGAUGCCCCAGGGUGCACCGUGGUGGAGUGAAGAACAGGUGACCUUAACUGAUCCAGCCUCAGUAAACCUUUCAGCCACUUGUAGAAAUGCCAGAGUGCUGGGCCAGUUUGAGAGUCUGAUUGGCUGUGACACUGUCAUUCCUGUGGUCUUUGGAGAUCUGACUGCCCUGCUGCCUGAAGCUCAGCAGUGGCCUUUCUGCUUGAAGCCAGAGCUCAGAGCCCUCCAGUGUAGCUCUGGUGGCUGGGGGACAACUGCAUCUGAGUUCCUGGGUGCAGGGCCUGACUGGGAAGGAGGUUAUGGCUGUCUGUGA